AUGCGUCUCAGGCAGCUCUACCCGGGACAGGCUUACGAUGCUGCCUCGUCAGCACAGGGCUUUCCAGUGGCCUACCCGCCGCCCUACAUGGCGCCGUCAACGCAACCUGGCUGCCAGAUGCCCAGCAAUUACGCUGAACCGCCGCGGGCCACGUCCGUCUACUGUCCCAACGCCGCUGCGCCUCUGUGGUACAACACGAUGUACCCGCGUCCAGCGGCCGCUGACCCACCCACCCAGGCGGGUACCGAUUCACCGCGACAGAUAAAGAACAGGUACACUGAUGGCGGCAGCCAGCUGGCCGUCGUCGUUGGCGCCGGGUGCUGUUGCUUCAUGGUGCUCCUGACCAUCGUCAUGGCGGCAGUGUUUGUAUACGGAUCCAGGAAGGCGACAGCUGAGGCGGCACCGUCCUAUACGCACUGGGCCGUCGUCUCUGAUGCCAAGGACUGUGCCGUCCUCGCAAAAGACAUCUUCGACAACAACGGGGGCCUCGGGGACGCCGCGGUUGCUGUUCUACUCUGCAUGGGCGUCACGGCGCCGCACCUGAUGGGCCUAGGCGGUGGCUUCGUCGCCCUCUACUACGAUAAUUCGAAGAGAACUAUUCAAGCCUUGGACGCCCUCGGAGUGUCUCCCGCCGCUGCUACUGAAGACGUGUUCGCGUCGGAGCCAGACCUCUCACUUCACGGAGCCAAGUAUCCGAUUGUUCCCGGUGCCUUGUCGGGCUACAAGCUCCUUCACGAGAAGCUGGGCAAGUUCGCGUGGAAAGACCUGUUCGGCCCCGCCAUCGGAAUCGCCAAGAACGGCUUCGACAUCGGGCCCCACUUGGCCGCGGCACUCUCCAGAGCUGCCCAGGACCUCGAAGGAGCGUCGGCUCUCAAAUCUCGCUUUUGGAACAAGCACCGCAACGCUCUUCUCCGUCAAGGUGAGAGGCUGGUGCAGCCGACCAUGGCCAACCUCCUCGAGCAGAUCGGCCAGCACGGCGCCGACUAUCUCUACAAGGGGGUGCUCGCCGACGAGAUCUCCAGGACGCUUGCGAAUGUCGGAGGUCUAAUGAACUCCAGCGACCUACGCGACUACAAGGCAACCUGGCGCGAUGCCAUCGGCAUUAAAAUGGCGAGUGGGAAGUACCUCUACUCCGCUCCGUUCCCAGGAUGCGGCGCCAUUUUGGCGGCUGCUGUACACAAGAACUUGUGGUUAUUCUUCACGUCUUUGUGCGCGAUGUUGCAGCGUCAAGAGAACCUGAUGUACGCGAUAAUCGCCAAGGCUGAUAAGUUCAUGAACGGCAUGUCACCACUGGCGCAAUCUUCCGAUUACGGUCUGCGUCAUGCGCCCGAGCUGGACUUCGGGGGUGCACACCUCUCGAUCCUGGCUCCCAACGGUGAUGCAUUGUCCAUCACGUCGGGCCUCAACGGCAGUCACGCCGAUCACCGAUUAAGACCUCUUGUGAGAGUAAGCGCGAUUUACCCUGCUCCCUACGUGUGCAGGUUCGGUAGCAUGUUCGUCACCCCAUCCGGCUUGCUACUCAACAAUUACAUGGCCGCGUUUGCCAAGCCCGGCCGCCAGCUCGACCUGGAGCCGUCGCCGGCCAACCGGCUGGGCCCUGGCAAGAGACCGUUAACCUCGAUGGUGCCCACCAUAAUCACCGAGGGCAAGGCGCCGGCCAACAUCUUCGGCAUCUUCGGCGCCAGCGGUGGACUCGAGGGUCUCUCGGCAAUGGCCCAGGUAACCCCUCCGGGUGUGCAUGCCGUUUCACCAAUACCGCAUGCGAGACGGAGCGGCAACCCAUGGUCCGCCAUAAGCGUACGCUGUCUGAAUAACCGGCGUGGUCAACUCGUAAAAAGAGCACAUACGUAUUACUCAGCAUAGCUUCAGCUAAUUAAUUUAAAAUGGCCAUAACUGUUACAGUGACAUUCACUGAUCAAUAAAACUGAGCCCAGGGCUUCGUUCAAGACAUCAGCCGUAACAAGGGCAAUAUGAGCUAUAUAGGUGCACACUGUAGCGCCCUAUAUUAAGCGGAACACGUGCUCUGUUUAAGAGGGCGCUAUAGCAUACUAUUUGUAUAAUUAAUACGCGAGAUUAAAAAAAAAGUUGUGUAAAACAGUGAGCGAAUUUUGUGAAAAAAUUACUGCAGAAACUCCCUAGUGGGACUUGUCGGAUAAUGCGUAGUUAUUUCCAGUCGCUCAUCCUGCACUCAUACAACGAAUGAUUGAUUGAGGGACCGAGUUACACAAACCGCGGCUCACUGUGUCGAGGAUGACGAAAUGCGCUGCAGGUAUUGCAAUGACCUGUAGAAAUUACAUAAUUGGCGAACCUAAUUAGUUAGAAUUAAUUUAUUGGGCGGAAUUAAUGGGAGCGUAAUUAGUCUGAAUAAGGGUUAAGUAAUAUAAUAUCAAAUAACUUUCAUUACCCUUGUUGUUCUUGGUUGGGCUUAAGUAGUGUCACCAUAAUUAAUCUUAAUUCGGCUUAAGUCAUCUUAAUUAUUAACAAUUAAUCCUGAUUAGUCUUAUUCAAUUUAUUGUUAAUCAACCGAAUUAGACCUAAUUAUUCUUGAGUAUCCUUAAUUUUGAUUAGGUCUAACUGUUAUAGCCUUAUAGCCUCUUGAUUAGUCUAAUUAAUUAAUACCCGUUAGGCCUCCUUACUUUUCAUUAUUGUUCAGGAGUCCUAUUGAGGCUUAAGUAAUUUCAUUGUAAUAAUCUUAUUCUUUUAUUAACCUUAAUUACCCUUAGUACCUCUUCAGUACUCACUAUAUAUAGGUAUAGUCAUAAUCAUAAAUCUCAGUAGCCAUACGUAGUCAUAAGGCAUUCUCAUAUAUACCCCCACAGGACCCUGUGCAUAGCUAUGGAGGGCAUCGUGUCAUGCGUUACAGACAGACGGACAGAUUGUCGAGGGAAUUGGCCCUAGAAUGCUUGCGCAUUAAAACUAUGAGGUCUGAAUUUGUAUGGCAUGUCUUCUAUUCGCCCAGCUUUUCAGGCUGGGUCAUCCCGCAUGGUUCCUUUCGGCUUCGAGAUGUCCCCUCUUCACACCGGUGCACAUUCGCAUUGCACAUUCCAGUUACGCUCAAUGCUUUCCUCGCACGUCGACCACGCAGAGCACGUUUCGUGACCAAUUCUGGGGACGAAUAUUUCGAAACUUGUGCCAGUCUCGGCAUCCCUGCUAAUUUCUUAUUGCCCGGCGUCAUUGCCACGGUCGAGACAGGUUUCUACAAGUAAUUGACUAUUAUAAUGAUUAGUGAACACUAGAUAACUGUUCAAUCAAUAAUUGUAAUACACGUGCGGAGGUCAACUACCUCUAAUAAUAGCGCAUAGGCGGGAAAGGGCCCCGUGUCGCGGAAAAUCGGGCAUCUGCAACCGGCGUGCGAAAUCAUCCGCAACGACGCAUGCCCUCCGAAUAUAUUUAGGUAUGCCACCCCAUUCAAUCAUUAAUGUUGCUCAUACCUUGUCUUGCAUUCUUGGCAAAGCUAUUCCUCAGAAUUUUGAGAAUGACAAUCCACGAACAAAUGUCAUGAAACAAAACACCCACAGAGCAUGCCUUUUAUGUUAAGUCUUCCCAGAAUGAAACAAUAAAAGUACCAAACAAAAACGGAAACCUGAAAAUUAUGCAAUUUUUUUGGCGUGGCUGUGCAAUAUCUCCGGGAUCGCAAAAAGCUCGCCUUCGUGCAUGGCGUUCGCCGCCACUGUUUACCGGUAACCAUUACGGUUGCUUAAGCUGCAGUUGUCGGGAAGUAUGAGAAGCAGUCAGGGAUCUUUGAAUGCUAUCACGUUCCACUCUUAAAAGCGCGUUCUGCGCCGCGAGCGUCCGCCCGCGCGGCAGUACCUUAAUUGAAAGCCAUUUGCGGCGAGGGCAGAGUCCGCCUUCCCUGUGUUUUUGCGGCUAUAGGAUCGCCUUGAUGCGAGCGCCGGCACGAAGCUCAAUUCGCUCGCUGCUGCUGCUGCGCUGAAUCACUCCAGCGUUUUGACAGCGAGUUUCCGCGGUCAUCGAGUGAGAUGCGUUCAUGUUUGCUUGUGCGCGCGUGACACCAUACUUGUUAAUUUAGUGUGCCUAUGUUUACAAGUUUAUACGGCUGAUAAAACUACUAUCCUUACUUUGUAUAGCUAUCCACUAAUUUGCUAUCGCCAUCGAUGCUUCGCCUAUCGGGCGAAACUGCGUCUUUUUUAUCCGCUUUUACUGCUGUAAUUAAAUCAGCAUAAACUUCGUGGUUAAUUGUAGGAGUCAUGAGGGAGGUAGUGGUCGAAUACUGCACCAGGGAGGCCAAUUCCUGUUCUGGUGAGGGAGUGACUUUGUUGAAGCUUAGUGGGCCUUCGUAAUUUGGUUGCACCUGGAUUAGUAUAGCCCCACUAGCUCUCUGCGAUAUUUUUUUUUGUCGGUGUCAGGCGCCACUCCAUGCCUGGAAAUGUAGUGGACUGGAGGAGGAUUCGAACCUGCGACCUUCAGAUUAGAGGCCGGGUGUUCUACCUAUGCUCCUCGCCACCACGCUACCCAGCCUAAGAGCUUGAAUACUUCUUCUCACUGCAUGCUUAGAAGAAGUGUUCAAGCUCUUAGACUGGAAAGGCUUAGGAGUGAGAAUCAACGGCGAAUAUCUCAGCAACCUUUGGUUUGCAGAUGACAUUGUCCUAUUCAGCAACAAUGUGGACGAAUUACAACAAAUGAUUGAGGACCUUAACCGAGAAAGUGUAAGAGUUGGGUUGAAGAUUAACAUGCAGAAGACAAAGAUAAUGUUAAAUAGCCUGGCAAGAGAACAAGAAUUCAGGAUCGC